UUCAUCCCAGCAUGCAUCAAUGGGCCUUUCUAAAGGAAUCUGUCUCAGUUUAUUGGUUCAUCUGUCUCUGAGUCACCUUGGAAGGAGUGGCCUCUUCCAACCUGGUUUGUUUGAACCAAGAGUCCCAGUUGCCACUGUGUCGUCGUCCACCUGGCUGGAAUGUACAAGUGGCCACUACAGCAGACCAGCUGCACCAUGCUUGCAAGGUUGCUUGGAUGCAGGCCACGUGGAUCAUGGCCUCUUGCUGCUGGGCGGAGUGUGGGAGUUCUCCAGAAGAUCCACUGCACUGCCGAGCCUCAGAAAUUAACCCUGGCAUCUUCCGCCAAAGCAGAAGUGUCAUUGAAUACAAGCCGGCUUGCUUCUCAGAGAGCUUUCUCAGGGCACCAGGCAUUCAGAAACGAGAGAAGGCCGACGGAGUUUGAUAAAAAGGUCUUGUUGUGGUCAGGACGUUUUCAAAAAAAGGAAGACAUUCCGCUGCUCUUGUCAGUGGAGGUGCUGAAGGCCGCUCAGAACCGGCUGCGGAUCCGAAUUUGCUACCUCAUGAUCGCUCUGACUGUUCUGGGAUGUGUGGCCAUGGUCAUCUCUGGGAAAAUGGCUGCCAAACGAGAGAACACUUUGUUGAAGAUGAAUACGGAGAAGAAGGCGAAAUGGAGAGCCGAGGGACAGAAGGAACGAGAAACAGUGGCUGGGAAAAUGGAGUGACUGGGACAGAGAGACUCCUGGCAGGUGUAAGCAGUUCCCUUGCCGAGUCAAAAGACCUUUGAUCCUGCUCUCUGAGACUUGGUGUUUGCUGAACACAAAUUAAGGCAACAAUUCCCUUUUCUGGAUUAUGAAUAUGGAAAGGACAACUUAUCUUAAGGCACCAACAGCUUCCGUCCGAGGGGUCUGUAGACUUGUUGGCCAAUAAAGACAUUGCUCCCUUGCAAAGCUGAGAUGCCUGAUGGAAAACUUCAGCUGACAACUUCUGAUUAGGGCCGGAGUUCUCAAAUACGGGCCCGCAGAUGUUGUGGGACUACAACUCCUAUCAUCUCCAGCCACAACGGCCAAAGGCAAUGGGGCUGUAGUCCAACAACAUCUGUGGGCCCAGGUUUGAGAAUCCUUAGAUUUUCAGCUUUAAGACUUGGGCAACAAAUGGAUCUCUGGAAUAAUGAACAUCCCAAACAUCACUUUGCCCCACACUUGACUGCCAGUGCCAGACUCUGCCCCCCCCCCCAAUACUGGUGGUCAGGGAAGUUAAUUUAUAUGUGUAUAAUAAAUUCUGCAAGUCA